AUGGUGUCCAAAAGAAGCCGCCUCUGGAUAACGUUAGGCCAGACAUUGAACCUGAAUCUUGGAUCCUUCGGGAUGGGACUGGUGAUGUCCCUUACCGGAGUGGCCCUCCUAGACUUGGUGGAGAUCUACGAGUCGGACGUGAAGACCGUGUCACACCUUACCACCACACGCAGCGUGGCCGUGUUGGCCGGUUCCUUGCUUGGAGCAAAGUUGUACGACGCGUACAACACGCAGGUGAUAUCGAUCUUAACCAUGGUGGCGUCCUUCGCCACGGUGUUCAUGAUCCCUCUCAGCGGACGCCUCGCACUGGCACACGUCAUGGUGUUCGUCUGUGGUCUCGGCUUCGGCGCCUUUGACACAGGAGCCAACGUCUGGAUCAUCAGGAUGUGGACCAAGAACAGCAGCCCCGCCUUGCAGGCGUUCCACUUAGCCUUCGCCGUCGGCUGUCUGGUGGCUCCCCUGAUAGCAACGCCCUUUCUAUCCACGCUUCCAACGACGGACUACGAAGCUGUUGCAGAACCCCUCAUCGCGUUCAACAAAACCUCCUUCCUCCAAAGCCAUGCCAACCACGCCAUCCUUAACGACACCCAGAGCUCGAGUCGCAUGGAAUCGACGAUCCAAUACGCUUUCGGCAUCGCCAGUGGCUUCUACCUCCUCCCCAUAAUUUCUAUGAUUGUGCUAUACUGCAUCGACGGCAGCGACUCCAAGCCGCCAAAGCAGAGCUCUUUGAAAGACGCGCUGCACCAGAAAGAAGCUGCGAAGGACAUCCGCUUCAAGAGGAUCCUCUUGACCUUGUUGUCCAUGUACCUCUGCGUCUACGUCGCGCAGGAGUGCACUGUGGCGCAGAUGAUUACAGCGUACGCGGUCAAGUGCGACCUUCAUCUGCCCAAGUCAACAGCGGCCCGAGUAGCAGCCGUUUACUUCUUAUCCUUCGCGGGCUGCCGGAUGGGCUCUUCGCUGCUAGCCAUCAGGGUGACGCCAUUCCAGAUGCUUCUAGGGUCGCACGUCAUCUUGGCCGGUACGGCGACCGUAUUUCUCCUAUGGGGCAACUCGUCCAAGACGGUACUUUGGGUGAGUUCGGCGCUUCUGGGGUUGGGGCAAGGACCAAUCUACGGCGUCAUUGUCGCUUGGACGGCAAACUACAUGGACAUCAGCAACGGUAUGAUGGCACUGGUCAUCGUGGCGUCCAGUUUGGGAGCGCUUUCCCCACCGUUGUUUGUCGGGCCAUUCCUGGACCACGAUCCUCCGGUCUUCCUGUACGUCUGCUUCGUGACAGUGGUGAUGGCGGUUGUUGUGUUUCUGGUCAUGUUGGUGUUCGUCAGGAAACGAUCCAUGCUGAGCAGUGUAGAGGACAAGCUUGGAAAUGUAAAUGCCGUGAAAGCCGAUGAUGCUGUUUCAUCUGACGUAAAGAGUGUUGAUAUGUAA